AUGUUAAGGGUUACACUAACCAUAUCUCCAUUAUUUUCAGAAAAACUUGCAAAGGAAAAAGCUCCUGUAAUCCAUCCAAAGCCAAAGGUUGCUGAAAAAGAAAAGGAGAAGCCCAAAGUGAAGGAACAACCAGAGAAACCCAAAGUUAAGGAACAAGCAAAAACUCCCAAAGAACCCGAAAAACCAAAGAAAGCACCUGGGACUACAUCAACAAAAGCACACCAGAUAAGGAAAGAAGAAAAGCCCCAAAAAUCUGCAUAUCAACAGACAAAGAAAGAAGAAAAAUCCCAAAGACCUGUAACUCACCCAAUAAAGAAAGAAGAAAAGCCCCCAAAAACUCCAGAUCAACAUAUAAAGAAAGACCAGAAAACCCCAAAAGCUGUAGCUCAUCCGAUAAAGAAAGAAUUGCCCAGUAAAAUUCCAGAUCAACAGAUAAAGAAAGCAGAAAAGCCCCAAAAAGCUGCAGUACCAGGUCCAGAAAAGGAUAAAGUGAAAAUGCCAAUUACUAUUCACAAAGAAAAAGCACCUAAAGAAGUAAAGCAGGAAAAAGCAGUUCCAACUCAAAAGAAAGGAAAGGUAGCUACGGCCGAUAAAAAGCAAUUAAAAGAAGACAAACCAAAAGCUCAAGGGAUGCCAAAAUCUUUGGGAAUACAUAAUGUUACAAGAGAGAAAGUAUCAAAGAUAACCAAAGAUACCAAAUUAUCAGAUGUUCCAUCCCCGGUGAUGAAAGGCAAACCUCCCGUACGCUACUUUCAGUGUGUUUUCCUGGAAAACAACAAUGGAUACGGACCCCUCUAUCCUUUCACUCCUGCCAUUCACCCCCACGUGAGCCAUACUCAAUCAAAGUCUGAAGGGAGGAAGGCAAGGCUGCCUGGACAGUGACUACUAUAAUAUGGGAUUUCUGAUAUUACCACAAGCUGCAGUGCAUUGCAUGCAGAGGUUUGCAGGAGGUUCCUACAUGGCAGCAACAUUUGCAGAGAAGUCUCCAUCUACAGCACUGCUAGACAUCCAAGGCUGAGGAGAUCCUUGUUGUUGUGUAAGACUGCAGGAUGCUGGGUAGAAGUGUAUACUAAUAAACCGUGGUGUAGAAAUUCUACAGAGUUAUUUGAGUAUCUUAACUCCUUAUGAUAAGGAUACUGAUGCUUAAAUAACUGCUGUUACAUUUUUUAAUUCAUUUAAGUUGCCUGUGCCAUAUUUCUGCAUUCUUGUAUUUAGCGCAUUUGAAAACUGAUCAUUAUGUACAAUAUGACUGUGACAUUAUUCAGGAAAACCAUUUUUAAAUAAGUUUUGUUUGCAGUCCUGCUUCUUGCUCUGCUUGCAAAAUGAGCAUUAGGUGACACCAUGAACUGAAGUCUCUUAAAAAGAAGAUUUAUGGGUAAAGUUGACCACAGUAAACAAUCAUUAUAUCAGGGAUACAAAUAUGAGUCUUAUUACUUGUGCAAUUUACUUUGUACUUGGAUAUCUUAGAAUACCCUGUAAAUGUGCAAAAAUCAAACAUACAAACCACGUGAAAUGGGAUGCUAAUAUUUGUAAGCUAGUUAUGUUUGUUUCCAGAAAUGGAACAUAGCAGUUUAAAGAUAAUGCACCAAUGCAAAUGAAAAGUGGUCAGCUUUGCCAUCUGUUUCUUCCUCUUUUUGCUUGUAAAUGUUAGUACUUGAAUGUUUAAGAAUGUAUUUGCUUCAAUGACCCUACCCAGGUUAUGUUUUCAGCUUGCAGACCUUUAAAAUAAUAUCCCCAGAGUAUUAAUAAAGCAUAAUACUGUGAUACUUUU